CCUCAUUGCACCCCAAGCGGGAAGCAAGUCCUUGUUGACCAUCACACUCUUGUUGACCACCAACACUGCUUGUUGAGCAGAUGGCAUUCCAAGCACUCAUCAACGGACCAGACUGUGGUCCAUCAAACCCACUCCAAAACUUACUCAAACAUGCUGACCGGCAUCCACUCUCAUCGAGGUUCGAAGAAUUCAACCAAUCCAACCACCAUCAACAUCAAAAUGCUAGUGGUAGUAAUAAUCAGCUUCCCCAGCCUUCUUCAUCAAACAUUCACCGUCAACCAGCACCGUUCCUUAUGAACGACUUGAAAAACGAACUGGAGUCAAUCAAUCGAAUCCACCACUCUGCCCAACCACCCCAAAUUGAACAAGCAUGGCAAAAACAAUUCAUGGGGUCAUCGAUCAGGCCUUCCGUUCCCUCGGACGAAAUCGCUCGGAUGGAUCAGUCCUUUCGCUCAGUAGCCCAUCAGCAACCCAAUCAAGCACCGCCAUCGAUGCAUUGGUCCCAACAAUUUACCGACAGUCAGGACCAAGUCCCACAGUGCUCAAGCCAUUCGAUCCACAGGAUGUCUACUCAAGGCUUUUGUUCCCCCUCGCUCCACCCGACCAGUCUGCUUGGCUUUCCGCACCAAAGCAUGCUUAACCAAGAUCGCUCGUUUUUUUCUCCGUCAGCGAUUCACCAUCCAAUGGCUAGCGAUGACCAGCAAUCCAAAGCACAAAUUGUCGAGCUCAGCGAGCAGAACUGGGAGGCCGAAUUCGCCAAGAUUGGCAACCAGCUUGAAGCCCAACCGAAUGCCGAAAGCCGAGACCAUCAGGAUACCAGUUUUAGCUCGGUUGACCACCAAUCAUCGUCUUCCGGCCAGGAGACGAGCUCGGACGAGGCAGACAAAGAAUUUCUGAGGUCCUUAGAAGCAACUUGGCAAAGCCUGGCUGUCCAUCUCAAGCCGGGCAGUCUCUCCGUGCCCGACGGUCCGAUUUGGGAGGCUGCCUACGAGGAUGAUUUCCUCAGUCCAGAUCUAUCGAGACAUCCAGAAACGCCGAUCACCCCUGAGAACGUCGGCGAUUUCCUCGACCAUCCUGAACCGUAUCCGUUCCAAUCCAACAACCCGUUCAUUGGUUCGAUUGAUCCAUUUGAGGAGGGCCAGCGCCUGCUUCACUCCGGUGCAACUCUGAGCGAAGCUGCGUUGGCGUUCGAGGCUGCCUGUCAGUCUGAUGAGAGCCGGGCAGACGCCUGGCGGAUGCUGGGCGAGACUCAGGCGGCGGACGAGAAGGAGCAGCUGGCAAUCAAGGCCUUCCAGCGGGCUGUGGGGUGCCGAGACGGAAACGGCCAGUCAGCAUGGAUGUCCCUAGCGAUCUGUUGGGUCAACGAAGGCCAGGAGAUGAGGGCCUUGGCAAUCCUGGAGCGCUGGCUGAUGGACACCUAUCCGGCCAUCGCCGCCAACUUUUCCGCCAACAAAAAGGCAGAGGAGUCCAACAACCCUUGGGAUCGGCAUGCGAUGGUCGUUGAGAAAUUCAUUCAGGCUGCCAGGGCCGGUCCGGAGGCCAGAGACGGCGCCGGGAAGGAAGUGGUUCGGAGCCAGACUGUCGAUGUUGACGUUCAGGUUGGACUUGGGGUGUUGUUUUACAGUAACUCAGAGUACGAGCGAGCGCGGGACUGUUUUGAAGCGGCGUUGGGGGUCAAUCCGGACGACUUUCUGCUAUGGAAUCGACUUGGGGCCACCCUGGCCAAUGGUGGAAAAUCAGAGGAGGCCAUCGGGGCCUACCAAAAAGCCCUCGAGCUUCGGCCUACCUUCACUCGCGCUAUCUAUAACCUCGGUGUCUCCUGCUUGAACAUACAUUGCUACUCCCAGGCUGUCGAACAUUUCCUCGCCGCUCUCUCCUUUCAUUCCAAGGCCGCCUCCGUCGGCGAUCGGCCUCUCCUCGCCUCCGGAGAUGGCAGUGAAAAUCUCUGGUUCACCCUUCGUCGGGCCUUCUUAUGUCUAGAUCGUUCCGAUCUGGCUGACUUGGCUGUCCCGGAGACUAAUCUCGAGAUAUUUCGUGAACACGGCUUCGAUUUUUGAAACAGAAUGAAAUGAUUAAUAAAAAAAUUGCAUCAACCCUCUUCAAAUUUCUUCUUUUCGUUUUCCACCAAAUAAAUAAAAAUAUAAAAAAGUAAAAUAAAAAAUUGUGUCUUGUGCAUACACAACCUGAUUAUAGACCAAGUUUCAAUCCAAUCCACUUCCCAAGCAAAAACCACUAGAAAAACUUAAAUGAUAAAACUGAUUCUCUCGCACACUAUUUCUUUGAUUUUUUUUUAUUUGGCUCUAUCCACGUAAAAUCGUUAACCUAUACUGAUGACUGAUAAGUUCCAAUUUGAUUGUGGUAUUUCUCAUUCAUAGUUAUUAGUUGUACCAUCUGGCUUUGAUCUAUGUAAUUUGUUUGUAAUCCUUUCCUCUCUUUCCUUCUCUUCUCAUGUCGUUUCUCUUCUAUCCUCUCUUCCUUCUCAUAUUGAUCCCCACAUAAACAAACACGAAUACAGCUCUUACUUUCUCUUCACUUCCUCGGGUGUAUCGUAGUAGAAAAAAAAACAUGAUCAUGCCUCGUUGCAAGCAAAUUAAUAACUUUUCUUGUAAUCAAUCA